UAUAUUGCUUUUAGCGUGUCGUCGUUUUUCCUUUAUUAUGAAUUCCCCUCGAUCCGCGUCGUCCAAUCCCUCUGCCGGAAGUCACCUUCGACGAGCGACGACUUCUGAAUCUAGCGGCUCUACCAGGUCUGUUCGCCGUCGAACUCGUUCUCCAAGACCCUCUGACUCGUCUUCGACGGAUUCAGAUGCGGCUCAAUUCGAAGAGAUAAAGCGUCGUCUUGCUCCCGGAUCUGCAGUCCCUAGCUCUUCUGGGCUUACUUUCAAGAUUCCUUCCCUGAUAGACGAGCCUAUGAACGAUGGCUUGUCUUCUCCUAAUUUGGACGAUGUCCCUUUGCCGACCGUGAAUCUCUUCAAUCAUAUGCCGGCGACGUCGAUAAAAAUUGAUGCGGCAGUUGACGCACUUCGUAUCGGGAAAUUAAAAGUUGAUGUGACAGUUGUUGCGGAUCGUCCCAGGAAACUGAACACGAAACCGAAGAUCUUGAUUCCGAACGCCUUUCAACGUCCCUGGGAUGCACCUUCCGGUUUUAUUUGUCUUUCAGAGAAAUACUUCACCGAGUGCGGACUCACCUUUCCUCUUCCGUCUUUUUUGAUGACGUAUUUUGCUCGUCGAAAGGCGGCUAUUUCCCAAUUUGCCCCGGCGACCUUUCGAAAUGCUGUCGGUCUUUCGAUCAUGGCCGAGGCUGCAAGGGUCAAGCUCACUUGUGAUCACUUUGAAGAGUUGACGUGUCUGAAUCCGUCGAGUCGGGAGAAGACUCCCGGGCUUUAUUACGUAGCCUCGGGAAAGAAGACGACGCUCGUCGAGGGUGCCAAGGGUAAAACGUAUAACUGGAAAGGCUCAUAUUUCUUUUUGGAAGUUGCCGCGGGGGUUAUGGAGGAUCCGUCGAUCCCUUGGUUUUCUGGGUGGAACCCUUCACCCGUUGUUAUUCCGAGGUGUUUGCUUCCAUACCCUUCUUCUUUCCGAGCUGAAAUAGACGCGAUUAAGCUCCGCUGCCCAUUCGUUUGGCCGGGAACCGAGGGUAGAAAGGAUCGUCCGCGGAAGUUAGCAUCUAGCCGAAGACCAAGGGCUGAGACUAUGGGGAAACUGAAUUUGAACGUUCCUAAUGCAUCCGCUCGCUAUCGCCAAGCUCCAGAGCCGUCGUCUCGGUCGGCUCCCCGACAGGAUGUUCGUCGAGGUUCCGAUCCCCCAGCUGCAGGAUCGUCCAAAAAGGUCCCCCCUUCCCCUCGUCGAGCUGUGGAAACCCGUCAAAGGUCUCCCCCGCCUAACCGCCAUACUGGCCCUGAAGAGACGCUCCCAAGGAGGAAGGUGGACGGGACUCCUGGUCGCAUUGCCGACCCUCCACAAAGGUCACAGAAAAGGAAAGAUGGCCCUGAACAAGAGCCAUCUGUCUCGCUAAAGAAGUCGAAGUCGGUCGACUUCAGCUGGGAUUUUGCCCAUUCAUCUGGAGCUCGUCCCUUUCCAUCUGACUCGCAGUCUUGUGCCGAGUUGUUUCGAAAGAUCCAUUAUGGUGAAGGUCGUCUUUCUUCUGUUGAAAGGAUGAAAGAGUCCGAUGCUGUCACUGAAGUUGCUCAAGCGUCUUUUGAGUUUAUUGCGCGUAUUAACCGCAUGGCUACCCGCUACGAACGUCGUGUUCGAGACCUGGAACGUUCAGGGGCGUCGAAUGAGAGGAUUGAGCGCCUCGAGGCUCAAUUGGGGGAUGCAGUUCGGUCCAACCAGAGGCUUAGCGACCUUGUGGCCAAGCUCGAACAUCACCGGAGUGGGCUUAUCAAAGAACGGGAUUCUCUUUCGACGAAGCUUAAGGAGUCCGAAGCUUCCUGCAAUGGUCUGAAGCUAACCCUUAGCUCGGAGACGAGAAGGCUCAGGGAUCGGCGUGAUGAAUAUGGGCACCAUGAGCGAAUCAAUGCCUUUCAUGAGGUGGCCGGUCGUGUGCAGAGGCUCUUAGCGAAGCACAAAAGCCACGCCGAAGCGGUUGAAGCGUCGCGGGAGAAAUUCCUUGAAUACAACCAAGCUGUUGGGAACGUUCAAAUGCUGGAGACGCUCGCCGCCGAGGGUCGAAUUUCCUUGCUUGAUGAGGAGCUUAAGGGCCAGGUCGUGACCGUGAUGAAUCAGCUGAAGGAUGAGGUUGAAGAGUUUGAUCUGCCAGACAUCUCCGACGCUGAUUUUGACUUGUCUCAGAUUUUCGCCGGGCCUCUCCCCCCAAUUCCGGCUUGGAUCGCUUCCCCAAUCAGCGGGAAUACGGAGGGUCACACUGAUGAGGGCGGGGAUGAAGGGUCGGAGAGUGGGGAGAUCGGGGGCGAAGAACUGGACGAGCAGGAGCAGGUUGACGACCGUCCUUCGGAUGGGGUUGAGGCACAAGUCACCGACCAACCUUCUCAUGGAGUCGAGGAGCAGGUUCCGGACUGUUCUGCCGGUGGGUUACCUCGUCCUUCCACUCCUGGGCGCGAGUCUCCGGUUGCUGGUCUGGUCACGAAGAAGAAAGUUGCUCUGAUGCCGGUGACAACUAGGUCAGCGUGGUUACGCAGGGCGCGGGAACAGCUCGGCGUUAGGUCUGACGAGGUGAUUCAAUCGGAACUCGUCUAUUACAACGCUCGCAUUCAACGGCUAAGGGCUUACAUCAUUGCCACCCGUCGUUCGUUCGAACGUUACUACGACUUCUGUCGUAUUGACGGGGUUGUGAAAUGUCUUGAACCGCUGAUCGACGAAGGGCUCUUCUUCCCAAAGUGGCGAUGGGAUCGGUUGGUGGAAGAGCGGACCCGGCGCGAAGAUCUAUAUGCGGAAGUGGUAGUUCCCGCACUUGAGCAGGGCGACCUUGACACCCUUGGUCGGAGGCCGUUCGAGGAGCGGGAGGAGAUCGAAGCUCGUCGCGAUCGUAUCGACGUGCUUCGCCGUUAUGUGAGGCAGUUGGAGAGCACAAGUCACUACUUUAGCGAAAGUAGUCGCGUCGAUGGGGUUUGUACGUACCUCGAGGACAUGGUUGGACGAGGUGUGGCUAUUCCGAUGGACCUGCUGAAGGAUGUGAAAGAGUCGUGCCGCUAUUGGCAGACGACAAUUGGUGGGUUGGAAUUGAACGUGCCUUCCAACGCCGAUCUAGGAAUUGAAUGA